AUGCCGCGGGAUCUGCUAGCCGAUAAGAAGACGCUCGAGGGGAUGCCGCCGCUGUCAAAGGAACCUGCCGCUGACAGCCCCGAAGAUCCGCACCCAAUGCCGUCCCUCUACCAAGUGCCCACCAGCUUCGUUGAGGAUCGAUUCAAGCGCAUGACUGACCUGCAUCCAUUUGCUUCCUUGCUGAACCAGGACGACCUGGACGACUGCGACUGGCUCGAGCACGCUGCCUUCGACGAGAGUGAGGCGGCGUCGCGGGAAAAGGUGGGGCCUGUCUUUGCACCUCAUAGUACAUCAUCUACUUCACCCUGGCUGAUAUAUCUGCAGAUAGCAUACCGCCUGACAGUCUGCGGCGAACUAUGCAGCGGCCUCUUCUCUUCUGCCUACCCCACUGUCUCGGGUCCACUCUCCAAAAUAAUCAAAGCCCGUAAAGAAUUCCCUUCAGUGGACUCUGCAGACUCUGACCGCAAGAGAAUACUCAUGGGUCACAUCAUAGCGACCAAGUUCAAAGGCAGCAACGUCGUUACCGACGACGCCAUGGCCUACCCAUCGGAUUGGAAGACGAAUUAUCAGCUUACCCCAUCAACCGGCCACAACGAAGAUGGCGACACGAUAUGUUUGCACUCGCUCUGUGUGCACCCGGACCUCAACGGCAAAGGCCUCGGCGGAGUCUUGUUGAGGUCGUGGACGCAGCGGAUGAAGGAUGCAGGAUUAGGAAAACGGGUCGCGCUGAUAUGCAGAGAGCGAUUCGUGAAGUUCUACGAGAGUGCAGGGUUCGAAAAAGUUGGGGCCAGCGCGUGCCAGUAUGGCGGAGGUGGCUGGAUCGACAUGGUUAUGGAGUUCGACGCUGUGAACUACGACGAUGAUGUCUACCCUUGA